AUGGCGCAGGAAGAUGUGGACCUAGCCCUGGGUCUCUCCGUCGGCUCCGGCACUGGCAACCCCCACCUGCUUCAGCCGAAAGAAGCACCGCCGCUGGAGCCAUCGUUGACCCUGAGCCUAACCAUCGCCGUAAAGAGGGAGAAGGUGGAGGAGGAGAACAAGAGGGCCAUGAUCUACUACUCUGCGGCAUCGUCAGCGGCGGAUGACGACAUUGAGGGGUGCAACAACAGCGGUAGCAGCCGGAAAAAGCUGAAGCUAACCAAGGAGCAGUCGGCGCUCCUGGAAGGUCGCUUCAAGGAGCACAGCACUCUCGACACGAAGCAGAAGACAGCUUUAGCAAGGCAGCUCAACCUCAGGCCAAGGCAAGUUGAGGUCUGGUUCCAAAACAGAAGAGCCAGGACAAAGCUGAAGCAAACGGAGGUGGACUGCGAGCUCCUGAAAAGCUGCUGCGAGACUCUCACCGAGGAGAACCGGCGCCUCCAUCUUGAGCUCCAGCAACUCCACCACCAACAACAACGCCACCCAACCGCCGCGUUCUUCAUGCCCGCAGCCGCCAUGCUCUCCGUCUGCCCCUCCUGCAACCGCCUCGCCCCUGCACCGCCCGCCCAUGCCGCCGCCGCAGCUGACCGUCCUGCCUCCAAACGCAGCUUCUUUGCCACCAAUUCUGCCGCCUCAGCUAGACAACUCUAUCCACACAAAGAUAGACAUGCAUCCAUGAAUUAG